AUGGGGUCUGGGUCGUCUGCCUAUAGGAUGAUAUACCUGGACGUCGAUGGAAGGAUUCAGAAGGUGGUCUUCAGCCGUUUCUGUAGCCCCUGUGACAUUAAGGAGCUCUUCUGCACAGCUGCGGGACUGUCCAGGAAUACGACAAUUUCCCUUCUGGAUUCAACUGGAGCAAUGGUCUCGAUCGACCCCACCAUGCCAAACAACACAGAGAGGUCGCCGUACAGAGUGUUGGCCCUGAUGGGAGGACAACUGGCAGAUAAAGAAGAACUUUUCCAGAAUGUUCUGACCCAAGUGGCCGAGCAGUUUUCAAGGGCAUUCAAAAUUAACGAGUUGAAGACAGAGGUGACAAAUCGCUUAGCCAUGUUGGAGAAAAGAGUAGAGUUGGAGGGGAUGAAAGUGGUGGAGAUAGAGAAAUGUCGCAGCGACAUUAAGAAGCUGCGAGAGGAGAUGGCCUCCAGGAGCAACAGCAAUUUCCUGGAGGACAGUAAGAAGCUGACUCCGCGUAGGGAUGUGCCUUCCUACCCUAAGUACGUGCUCUCGCAGCAGACCAUAGACGCCCUCAGAAAACCCACCUUUGACGUUUGGCUGUGGGAGGCAAAUGAGAUGCUGAGCUGCCUGGAACAUAUGUAUCAUGACCUGGGGCUGGUCAGAGACUUCAACAUCAACCCCAUCACUCUGAAAAGAUGGCUGCUUUGUAUCCAUGACAACUACCGGAACAAUCCUUUCCAUAACUUCCGUCACUGCUUCUGCGUCACACAGAUGAUGUACAGCAUGAUUUACCUCUGCAACCUACAGGAAAAAUUCACACAGGUGGAUAUUCUGAUUCUGAUGACUGCAGCUGUAUGUCAUGACUUAGAUCACCCAGGAUACAAUAACACCUACCAAAUAAACGCGAGAACAGAGUUGGCCGUCAGAUAUAACGACAUUUCUCCUCUGGAGAACCAUCACUGCGCUGUGGCCUUUCAGAUCUUCUCUCAGCCUGAAUGCAACAUCUUCUCCAAUUUCGACCCUGAGACCUUUAAACAGAUUCGUCAGGGAACUAUCACACUCAUCCUAGCGACAGACAUGGCCAGACACGGUGAGAUCCUGGACUCUUUCAAACAGAAAGUGGACAACUUUGACUUCACUAAUGAGGAACAUGUCACAUGUCUGAAGAUGGUGCUCAUUAAGUGCUGCGACAUCUCUAAUGAGGUGCGGCCGAUGGAGGUGGCAGAGCCCUGGGUCGACUGUUUGCUGGAGGAGUACUUCAUGCAGAGUGACAGAGAGAAGGCAGAGGGUUUACCUGUUGCUCCCUUUAUGGACAGAGAAAAGGUCACUAAACCCACGGCUCAGAUUGGCUUCAUCAAGUUCGUCCUUAUUCCCAUGUUUGAAACCGUGAUGAAGCUGUUCCCUCAGAUUGAAGAGGUGAUGGUGCAGCCACUCAGAGAAUCUCGCGACAGAUAUGAAGAGCUCAAACAGAUCGACGAUGCCAUGAACGAGGUUCAGAAGAAGAAGAGCGAGAACCUGACCAUGGGAGGGAAGAAGAAGUGAUGGGAGGGACUCAGCCUCUGUUGCGUUAUAUUCCACAACCAGUAUACCAGCAGCUCCAGUAUACCAGCAGCUCCAGUAUACUAGCAGCGUUCCCUGUCCUCACGUUACCUGGAGUGAAACUGGACUCUACCGUUUUAGCGUUUGACUCCACUGAGACCAGUAAACUGUGGGAGAGACGGACUAAGAUACUGAG